CAGAAUCAGCUGAAUUCGUUUCGGGAGUUUCCGUAAGAUUUUACCCGUGACGUCAUGAAGGGAACCCAUUUCGAUAAUCAGCGCCAUUGUGAAUACGAAAAUUUAGUUCAUUGCUUCUUUUGUCUUUAUUAUGGUUAAACGGUGUAUUGUUGGCGGCUGUAGCAACAUAAAAGCCGAUGGAUUUAGUUUACACGCAUUUCCUACUGAUGCUGCUGUGAGAAAGUUGUGGGUAAAUGCCAUUAAAACAACGCGGAAAGACUGGACAGGAAGAAAUGUCCGAGACCGUGGCGAUAGCCAAGUUGUAUGCAGUGGACACUUUACUUUCGAUUCGUUCGAACUAACUUGUCGUCUGAAGCGAGAUAUGGGAAUACCUUGUCUUAUGGUUUUGAAAAAUGAUGCCGUGCCAACAAUUUUUGUGCGACACAAAACGAUUGAACAGAGUCCUGGAUGCAACAGGCCGACUCCAUCCCCACCGAAACGACCAAGGAAUGCAUACAAGAAGCGAGAGGUAGCUAGGACCAUACAAGCUGUCAUAGAUGACACUGAAAUUGCUUCUGCUGCAGACAUUGAUGUACAUGUUGACCACGAUGCAGAUGUUACUCAUGUACAGGUAGGCUACAUAUAUUGAAUUAAAAGUAAAUGUACUUUAUAUCAAGUGUUCAGGUGAUAUGGAGAUAUUAUUUAAAGUUUUGAUACUGGCAGUUUCCAAUUGCAUUGUAGUUAGCCUCAGGCAAACAUCUGAUAGCCAACCUUUCAAUUUUUUUUAAUUGCCCUUGGCUAAGUAGUACCAACGGUUUCUUCAGGCGUUUUAGCGAAUGCUAAUUUUUAUCCUUGAUAAUUACAUU